AUGGCAACGGACGCCGGGUUCUGGACUCCCAACUGCCCCAAGCCUGCAGCUGCGCGGGAGGCGCCCCGGCGCAGCGGCCAGCCCCUGGCUCCGAUGGAGAGCGAGGAGGACGCGUCGGAGAGAGAGGAGGACACGUCCAAGACCGAGGAAUGCCGGAAGAUCCUCGAGAACCUCGUGUCGACUCUGGAACAAUUCCGUAGUGAUCCUGGUUUGCAUAUGAAGGGAGUAAGGAAAGAGGAAAAUGAAAAAUGGACAUCAAAAGUAUCUGUGAUUACACCAGGGCUUGAGAAGGCUGAUUCCCUACCUUCUCGUCCACCACAAGUGAAUGAUGACAGCACUUCAAUUGAAAUGGAUCAGGAUGAAGUCAAAAAGCAAAUUAAUUUUAUGGAUGACCUUGACUUAACGGAGUCAUCUGGAACAGCUUCAGAGGAUUCCAAGUUGCCUUGCUCUAAGUAUAUGAGUUGCAAGUCGCUAAUUGUACCAGUUGGCCAGGAUCGUAAAGAUUCUACUACUUUACUAAAAAUCCAGGAUGCGAUUCUUUUGUAUAAAAAAUUAGUAGAACUUAAAAAAAAUCAGUGUAAACAACUUAAAAGAAAAAAUAAAGAAAUGGAAAAUAAGAUUAAUGGACUACAAAAGGAGCUAUCAGAAACAAAAGAGUUGAAAUUGCAGUUGGAGCAUCAAAAAGUGAAAUGGGAACAAGAACUUAGCGAUUUGAGAUUUACCUUCAAACAAGAAGAAAAAAAAAGAAGAAAUGCUGAUAAAUUAUAUGAAAAAAUGAGGGCGCAAUUCAGAGAAAAAGAAGAGCAGUAUAAUAAAGAAGUUGAAAUGAAACAACAACUUGAACAUACUCUUGCAACAGUAGGUGUGGAAUUGAGGACUGUAAGGAAUAAUUUGGAUCAGGUAAAUCUUUGAUAAAAAUUGCAUAUUUCCAUCAAUAUUAUUUAUAAUAUACCCUUGAUUUAAUGUAUAUUAUUUAGGUAUAAAAUAGAUAAAAAAUUUAAUUUUAUUCUAAUAGGAACUAUAAUAUUUUUAGUUAAAAUUAUUAACUUAUUGGAAUUCUUGGCUUCUCAUAUAUGCUCUCUCUCUAUUUUCUGAAUGAAGGGAUAGAAGGUAAAUUGAGAUAAAU